AUGCCUCACGCUUCUGUUCGGUAUGCCGAGGCGCUGCAUGACCCGUCGCAGCAGCAGCGCCGGUCCUAUGCCGGAUCCUCAACGGAUAGGUUCCGUCCCCCACCCCUUAACCCGCCGGUUUCGGCGACGGCGACGGGGCGGGGGAUGAGCGGCUCGGCUGGCUACAGUACCGGCUACUAUCAAGACCCGACAGCCAGCCAGUUCCCUCCAACCGCUAUGCCCCCUGGCGCAAUAGGUUACCAUCAGUCGCCCGGUGAAUACGGCCAGACAGAUGCACGGCAAACACAGGGCUUUGGCGCCAGCUCAUACAACCCUACGACGAUGAUGUAUAACGUGCAAGGUGCCGCGGGAGCACAGAAUCCGGCCGUGUACGAUACGAACCAGCAGUUUUCCUCACGGCAGCCUGCAGCGAUGCAGAUGAUGCCUUCGGACGUCGGCACCUCCUACUUCCAGAGCGAACCAACCAAUACCGCGGCUGCGGCAUCCGGCAUGCAGCCGCAGGCGGCGUCGGCCUCACAGCCCGUAUAUCAAGCCUCGGGCAUGUCAAGCUAUUCCGGAGGUAUCCCUUCGAUGGGGGGUAUCGCUGCGCAGCCCAGCACAGCCACAGAAGCCGCCAUGGAGGACCAGGAAGGCUCUGAGCCAGCAGGACUCGAGCAAGCGUGGGCAACCUACCAGAACGAGCUUAGAGGGGUCUUUCGGAGCAUACAGGACGGCGUGCUGGCCGCCGCCAGCGAGUCACUUCUUAACGUGUCGGACUGGCUCCUCUCCCAUGUGUCCGACCUGGGGCUCAAUACAGACAACCAAAGCCUCCACAGCGACAGGAUAAAGCUAUGGGAUGACUUCAAUCACGCAUGGCUAGCUAUCCUUCAGCGCCAGAAAGAUAUGAUGGAGUCGCCGGAACCGCAGCUCCAACGUACACAGACCCUCAUCCCCCAGGAAGGCCUGGAAAAGAUGGGCAAGGAGCUCGUGAGACUGUGCGAUGGAAUAGAGCGUCACGGCCUCGUCGAUUACCAAUAUGGCGUCUGGGAAGAGCAGAUCAUUUCGAUUCUUGAAGAAUGCCUUGAUCUAUACGAAUCGUCCGAUAAUGCUGGAGGCUAA